AUUAAUGUGGUCGUUGCGACAUUAAACAAAACAAAUCGGCAAAUUGUCUGAGGAAGAAAGCACUGCCACUCACUGAAAGUGGAAAGGAGUGAAGGAUCUGAAUUUGGGAUUUUGAAGUUCAGAAAUGGAAGGAUUCGAUUCGAUCGAUUGGGUUCCGGGCUUGCCGAUCGAGCUCGGUCUUGAAUGCCUGACCCGGCUGCCGCACUCGGCCCACCUGGUGGCCGCUGGGGUCUGCAGGAAAUGGCGGGAGCUCAUCCAGAGACCCGAGUUCUACCACCAGCGCCGCCACCUUGGCUAUACCCGCAAGGUGGCCUGCCUCGUCCAGGCCCUUCCGGCGCAGGCCCUCCCCGACGGAAGCAAGCCCGGCGGCUCCCCGAGCUACGCCGUCACCGUGUUCGACCCGGCGAGCGGGUCCUGGGAGCGGCUCAACCCGGUCCCGGGGUUCCCCAACGGGCUACCCCUUUUCUGCCAGCUGGCGGGCUGCGAGGGGAAGCUCGUUGCAAUGGGCGGGUGGGACCCGAAGAGCUACGACCCGGUGAGCGACGUCUUCGUGUACGAUUUCACGACCAGGGAGUGGCGGGUCGGGGCGCCAAUGCCUUUGAAGCGGUCUUUCUUCGCCGCCGCGGGGGUCGGGGGGCAUGUGUACGUCGCCGGGGGCCACGACGAGAGCAAGAACGCGCUGAGAUCGGCCUGGGCUUACGACCCGAGGGGGGACGAGUGGACCGAGCUGCCUCAGCUGAGUCAGGAGAGGGACGAGUGCGAGGGGCUGGCGGUGAACGGCGCCGAGUUCUGGGUAGUCAGCGGGUACUCGACGCAGCGGCAGGGCGCGUUUGAAGGGAGCGCGGAGGUUUACGAGCCCGGGGCGGCCGAGUGGCGGCGGGUCGACGGCGCCUGGGAGCUGGGCCAGUGCCCGAGGUCCUGCGUCGGGAUGGGAAAGGACGGGCGGCUGGUGAGUUGGGCUGAGCCGAACUCGCAGGUCGGGGUCGGGGCAUGUGGGGUGGCUCUGGGCGAAUUGACCAUUUUGACCGGAUCGGAGUACCAAGGCGCACCGCAGGCGUUCUAUUUCGGAGGGCAGGACGGUAAAUUCGCCAGGAUCAGCGUGCCGGAGGAGUUCACCGGGUUCUUUCAAUCGGGGUGCUGCGUCGAGAUAUAAAAUUGCAAAUUAGUCCUCCAUUUUUCUCUCUCUUUAUUAUUUUCUUAUUUUUGCACAUCGUUCUCUCUUUAGAGACCAGAGCUGUGGUUUGGAUUUUGUAAGACCAAAUUCCAAUGCUUUUAAGAGCACGUACAAUGUUGUUUUUGGCUAUAGUAUAAAAGCAUCAUGCAAUUUUGCCCGGAAUUUGUACACUCCUUAUCUCUUAAUUGACAUGUCAUUUACCAUUUCCA